AUGCACCAAAAUCGGGGUCAGCCAGAUCGGACUCUGGCUCAUCUGUUCGCUCUGGUGUGCGAGACGCUGUGCAUCGGUCGUACCUAUAAGCUAGUCGACACCACGGCUCCCAAGUCUCUCGCCAUCACGGCGGUGUACGUUCUCCUCUCUCUCGCUUCCGCAACCCCCGUCACCCUCGAAGCAAGAGAUCUCCUGAACCCCAUUGGACCAACUGCCACGGCCGAGCAGGAGAAAUGGUGCCUGGCUCUCGACUAUGACACCUACAGCUGCUACAACACCGCGGCCAUCUCCUCAACCGGCCAGCUCAACAGCGGCCAGGACCCUGGCAAGAGCCAGAACGAAAUCCUCAGCUUCUGCCACAAAGAGGACUGCCUCACCAAGCACAACAUCUACGUCCAGUCCAAGUGCAACAACGGCUGGUGCGCCCAUAUGUACGACUACUAUUUCGAGUCCGACUUCGGCAUCGGCGGCAGGGAGCACAUCGCCGUCUGGGUUCAGAACGGACAGCUCAAGUUUGUCUCUGCUUCCGAGCACGGCAAAUGGAACAUCCACUUCCCUGGGCAGAACCCCAAGAUCCGUUUUGAGGGAAGCACUCACGCCAAGAUUGUCUACCACAAAGAUGGUGCUGGUACCCAUGCCUUCCGCUAUGCGAACGGCGGUGAUGAGCCUCCUGAGAACCACUGGCAGAGCUGGCGUUGGCGCAUUGGUGCCGGUCUGCUGAAGUGGGACUCGAUCGCCGGCAACCUGCGCACUACGCUGUCUCAAAAGGAUUGGGGUAAGGCUGAGGUGGCUGUUAGGGACAAGGGCGGCAAGGCCUGGAGCUUUGGCUGGUACUUGGACCGCUCCAGAUACUACUGCGUUACCGAGCUCGAGUGCCCCGGUAACCUGGCUACGGCGUUUGAUCCUUGGGCUUGA